GAUGAUACUAGUUCACCGCAGCCAGUUAAAAGAACUGUGACUGGCACUGAUGCUGAUCUCAGAAGAUUAUCAUUAAAAGAUGCAAAAGCUUUAUUACGAAAAUUUGGUGUUCCAGAACAUGAAAUCAAGAAACUUUCAAGAUGGGAAGUUAUAGACGUUGUACGAACAAUGUCAACAGAACAAGCCAAGUCUGGUGAGGGGAAUAUGAAUAAGUUUGCACGUGGUAACAGAUUUAGUAUUGCUGAACAUCAAGAACGAUACAAAGAGGAAUGCCAACGAGUCUUUGAUUUACAAAACAAAGUGUUAGCGUCAGAGGAAGUGUUAUCUACUGAUGAGGACUACAGUUCAGCUGAUGAUAGCGACUUGGAUGAGAUGCAGAAGAACAUUGAGAGUUUAUUAUCCAACAAAAAAACCACUACUCAAUUAUCUCAUGAGAAAGAAGAACAGGAGCGCAAAGAACUUCACAAAAUGUUAUUUACUGAUGACGGCAAAGAAAGUGGUAAAUCUCGUAUGAACACACCUAUGUUACCCGGAUCAAGUAAUUCUGGUAAUCAAAAUAACAAAGAUGACGAUACGGGAUCUGUUGUUAGUUUUGGUUCAUCUUUUACUGGACGAAGAUUGAAAAUUUACCGAACCUUCAGAGACGAGGAUGGCAAAGAAUUUCAUCGAAUAGAGACUGUACGGAAACCAGAAGUGAUUGAUACGUAUGUGAGAAUACGACAGACCAGAGAUCAAGCAUUUAUUCGCCAGUUUGCGUUACAAGAUGAACAACACCGAGAGGAAAUGAAGAAGGAGAGAAGAAGAAUACAAGAACAGCUGAGAAGAAUCAAAAGAAAUCAAGAAAAAGAGAAAAACGAACCUCCCAAACCACCAAAGAAAAAGAAAUUCAAACCAGAUUUGAAACUUAAGUGUGGAGCAUGUGGUGAGAUAGGUCAUAUGAGAACCAAUAAGGAGUGUCCAUUGUAUCAGAAAUCUACACCGUCCAAUCCAAUCCAGGUUGCCAUGACAGAAGAGCAAGAAGAGGAGCAAGAGAAAUCAUUGAUGGAUGAUGAUGACUUAGUGAAAACGGAAGGAACUAAGAUCACACUGGCAAAAUCUGUUAUAGACCACGCUGAGUACUUGAAGCGUCGAUCUCUUGUUUUGAAGUUUCCCAAGGAGUCAGUGCAAGCUAAGAAAAGACGGCGAGCUGGUACUGUCAUACAUUGUGAUUACCUUAAAACUUAUCCAUUCCAUACUCCAGUAAAUCCACGUCAAGUUCCUGAUUAUUAUAAAAUUGUCAAAAAACCAGUAGAUUUACAGACUAUGAGGGAGAAUGUUCGUAGAAAGAAGUACAGUUCGCGUGAAGACAUGCUGCAAGAUAUUCAGCAAAUAGCAAGUAAUAGUGCUCUUUACAAUGGUGCCAAGAGUGCUUUGACCAUGACCGCACAGUCUAUGGUUGAAAUAUGUAAAAACAAAAUGGCAGAGAAAGAAGAUAGAUUUAUACGUGUUGAGAAAGCAAUUAAUCCGCUGCUUGGAGAUGAUGAUCAAGUAGCAUUCUCAUUCAUAUUGGAUAGCAUAGUUUCUAAGAUGAAGGAAGUACCAGAUUCAUGGCCUUUUCAUCAGCCAGUUAAUAUCAAAUUUGUCAAGGACUAUUACAAAGUGAUAAAGCAUGCCAUGGAUUUAGAGUCAAUACGAGUACAUAUACAACACCAUUAUUACCAUCAUAGGGAUGAAUUUCUGGACCAUGUGGAAUUAUUAGUGGCCAAUAGCAGAAAAUACAAUG